AUGGCCAACGGCACAGUGGAGCUUGAAACCAUUGAGAGUCUCUGUCUGCUCUCCUAUUCCUCAUUUCUAGAUGGAGAUAUACACCUCGGUCGCUUCUAUCUCGGUCUCGCUUUACAUCUGUGCCGAUCAGCAACGCUGGAUCUGGAAUCAAGUCAUGGAGGCGAAGGUCCCAUGGCCGAGCGAAAGAAGCGUCUAUUUUGGAGUCUCCAAUCUCUGGAGCAGUCUUAUGGACAACAAAAUGGCUUUCUCUGUAUACCAUCAGAGGUAAUGCGCACCUUCUAUAUUGCUUCCAGUAGCGACCGUGCAAAACAGGAUGGAACCGAAGCCAAACCUCCACCGCUGCCGAGAGAUGAUCUUGGUUGCUCGAAACCAUCCGAUCUAGGUAUUUGGAGUUUAGCAGCCCACUUUGGUUGGGUCUGGAGCAAAGUGCGAACAUAUGUUUCCGAUUGUGCUCGUAAUAGGCUCAAAGAGCCCUGGCGACACGAUUCCAUGUACGCCAUGGUACUCUCUGACCUGACAGAAAUCGAGAACAAACUUUCCCAGUGCCAUCGAUAUGACACAGUCAAAUUUUUCGAGCGAACAGCAGACGAGCUGAGAUCAAACCGAAACUACUGGACACCAUGGCUGAAAUUGCAGUUCACAUACCAUUGCAUUUUAACUGUUUUGAAUCAUCCCUUCCUCUACAUUGUGGCAUCACAAUACAACGAUAAUUUGGCAAUCCCGAACGCUUUCUGGAGACGGUCUUCCGAAUUGGUCUUGUUACAUGCUACCUGGCUUGUGCGCAUGAUAGACAUGGUGUCUGAGAAGAAGAUGCGACUGAUCGAUCCAUUCUUCGGACACGCUGCCGCCAUUGCAGCUACGGUGCAUUUGUACUACUGCUGUGCUGCGGACCCCCGACUAAAAUACAAAUCCAAGGUUGAUUUCACGAAAUGUCGACGGUUCCUGAAGAGCUUUGUUUCCUUUUCGCCUGCUUGUGGAAUCUUGGAUCAAACACUGGACAAGAUGACUCGAAUCGCUUCCGGUUCGCAAAACAUCGAUUACGAUUGGGAACCCGAGAAGAUUCAUCUCAGUAUACCUUUAAUGUGGGAUGUUCUUCAAGUCAACUGUAAACCCAAGCCACACGAAGUGUCGACAGGUGGUCUACUACAUCCAUCAUUGACCCCGACCGUCUGUACCGAAGAGGAGGAGGAUAGUCCAGCCUCAACUCUAGAGGUUAUUGUCGCAAUGUCCCCCAAUGUCACAGUUAACACUGCGGAUGGUGGUCAAGCCGCCCACAUACCACCAAUGAUGCCGCACAUAUCUUCCACACCAACUUCCGACCUCGACCUUGGUGACAAGCUCGUUGCGCCACCCGACAGUUUAAUGACCAAUACCCCAUGGCUAUGGACAGACCCCUCCCAAUUUGUUGAUAUGGAGAACAAUGUGGGCUACGCAGAUUCCGAAUCCGCCUUUGGAAACAUUGACGGAUUCUCGACAUGGUGGGACUUUGGAAACUUAUAG